GAGAAGAGGUAGAAGGAAAAGUUCUGCUCCUUGAAGACGUGAUUUUGUCGCCUCCUUGGACCACUAGACGCUGAAACAACAAGAACAAGAUGUCUGAGAGAAAGGUUCUCAAUAAAUACUACCCCCCAGACUUUGAUCCAUCCAAACUCCCCAAACUCAAACUUCCCAAGGAGAGGCAGUAUGUGGUUCGACUCAUGGCACCAUGUAACAUGAGAUGUCAGACAUGUGGAGAGUAUAUCUACAAAGGGAAGAAGUUCAAUGCGAGGAAGGAGACAGUACAGAACAUGACGUACCUGGGACUCAGGAUCUUCAGGUUCUACAUCAAGUGUCCCAGAUGCUGUGCAGAGAUAUCCUUCAGGACUGACCCCGAGAGUACCGACUACGUGGUUGAGCAGGGCGCGACACGGAACUUCCAGGCCAUGGAGAUGGUGGAGAAGGAGGAGGAGCGCGCUCAGAAGGAACGGGAGGAGGAGGAGCUCAACAACCCCAUGAAGGUGCUCGAGAAUCGAACCAAGGACUCCAAGUACGAGAUGGACAUCCUGGAGAACCUGGAGGAGCUGCGGGACUUGAACCAGCGCCAGGCCAAGGUGGACUUUGAGGCCAUGCUGCAGCAGAACGCCCAGUCUGCCGAGGAGAGGAAAAAACUACAGGAGGAGGAGGAGGAGAGACAAGUCAGGGAGAUCAUGGGUGAGGCUUAUGUAGUCAGGAGGUUGGAGGACGACUCAGACAGCGAUGAGGAAACCAACAAACGACGAAAAACAACAAACGGAGUCAACACAAACAAGAGACCAACAGACUUGCUGGCAGAGGGACCAAGUGAGCCACAAAACAAGAAGUUAAAAACAUGGGAGAAGAGUGUCGGUUCCCUGGUGAAGAAGUCAUCCCUCUCCUCAUUGGUCAAGGCCAAGAAACCAGCCAAGCAAGGACAGUCUUCAACCAAUGAACUGGUCCGUAAGGAAACAGUGGCUUCAUCGGUGAUUCCAAAAUCUUUGCAGGAGAGUAAGACCAACUCAGAGGUUAAAGAAAGUUCCGGCCAAGAUGGAAAGAAGGAGGGAAGCAGAAAUGAAGGAGUACAGAGUAACGUAAAGACUGUACAGUCAAGUGGGUUGGGACUUCUUGGUAACUAUUCAGACAGCAGUGACUCAGAAUCAAGCAACUAGUUUUGUGACAACAGUUCUUUUACAGACUGAUCCUGACUGUCCUUCAUAAUUAGCCAUUCGACCAAUCAUAGCAUGCGAAUUAGGGGUUUGACCAAUGAGAGGCUGUUUGUCAAAAUGAAAUUACAAAAUGUAUUGAUCACAUUUUUGGGUCACAUUUUUUGCUCCAGAAAUUUGUGAAUGAUGUACAUUUGUGUGUAGAACAUGGGUUAGACAUAUGAUGUUUGUGUUUGUAGUAAAUGUUUACCCGUAAACACACAACAAACAACACUGCCACAGACUUGUACAGAUACUGAACACUGAUAUUGUUAAUCGUGAAACUCUUACAAUGGUCUUAUUUUUGUAGUGACCUUAUGACUGAAAAUUUAUGACUCUGAAAAUGUCUGACUACUCUGCUACAGAACUGUUUCAAUUGUAGAUUUAAAACUGGUAAAGCGUAUGUCAUUUUUCCUCCUACUGCAAAACAAAACAACGUUGAAAGUAAAUGAAUUUACAGUAUUCUAUGUACAUUUUCUAAUGAUGUGAGUUAUGUCGUACCUUAU